AGUAGAGACCGGUGUAGUCAAUUUCCCUUAACUAUUACGGAGUAAAUGGUUUUCAUUUUUCAACAAACAAAAAUAUGGCGGAGACUCCUAGGGAGAGAGAGACCCAAUAACUAUGGUUUCCCUUUAAACUGGGAAAUCGAUUGAUUUUUAGUUUAGUUUUUGGUGAAACAUUGGACAUCCAACAGCAAUGGCUGCCACCAGCCUCUCCCUGCUUCUCUCUUCAACCACCCAAAACCAACCAGAACCCAACCCCAAACACCCUUCUAGAUCUGGGUCAUUCAGACUUUGCAAAAACAUGAAGGAAGUCAAGCAAUUACAUGCUCAGAUUACAAAAAAGGGCCUCAGCAACAGCCACAAUACUGGUAUCACCAAGGUAAUAUCUUCGUCUGCCGAAAUAGCAACUCCCGAAAGCUUAAAAUAUGCGAAAAAGGCCUAUGAGUUAUACGAAAAUGAUGUAACUAGUACAGUUUCACUUUACAUGCUCCAUUCUUUGAUCAAAGGGUACUCUGCUUCUGGAUUUGUUGAUGAAGCUAUCUUGCUUUAUGCACAAAUGUUCAGAAAAGGUCUAACCCCAAAUCACCAUACCUUUCAAUUCCUUCUAAAUGGCUGCGCAAAGGAAGCAUUGUUUCUUGAGGGAAUUCAGCUUCAUGGGUCCGUUUUGAAAUUGGGUUUAGGGGGUGAUUUGUUUAUACAGAACUGCCUGAUUCAAUUUUAUGCCGAUUGUGGGGAGAUUGGGUUUGGGAAGAAGGUGUUUGACGAAAUGUCUGAGAGAGAUGUCGGGUCAUGGACUUGCUUGAUUUGUGGUUGCGCUCGGAGGGACAGGCCUGAAGAGGCUGUUUUUUUGUUUUUUGAGAUGGUUGAGGUGGGUAUUAAGCCCAAUUCAGUUACCAUGGUGAGUGCAAUAUCGGCCUGUGCAAAGUUGAGGGACUUGGAUUUGGGUGAGAGGGUAAGUGCUUAUAUGAGCAAGACAGGGCUCACGGUCAAUACUUUUGUAGUAAAUGCCCUUAUUGAUAUGUACACGAAAUGUGGAGCCCCGGGUAGAGCAAAACAGCUUUUCAAGGAAUGUGUUGAUAAAAACAUGGAAGAAGUCAAGCAAUUUCAUGCUCAGAUUCCAAGAAAAGGCCUCAAUCACACCCGCCCUACUGCGAUAACCAAGCUGAUAUCUUCGUGUGCCGAAAUAGCCACUCCUGAAAGCUUAGAAUACGCGAAAAAGGCAUAUGAGUUGUAUGAAAAUGAUGUAAGUAGUUCAGUUUCACUUUACAUGCUCAAUACUUUGAUCAAAGGGUACUCUGCUGCUGGAUUGGUUGAUGCAGCUAUCUUGAUUUAUGCUCAAAUGGUUGGCAAAGGUCUAACCCCAGAUCACUAUACCUUUCAAUUUGUUCUAAAUGGCUGUGCAAAUGCAGCUUUUUUUCGGGAGGGGAUUCAGCUUCAUGGGUCAGUUUUGAAGUUGGGUUUAGGGGGAGAUUUGUUUAUACAGAACUGCCUGGUUCAUUUUUAUGCCCAGUGUAGGGAGAUUGAUUUUGCGAAGAAGGUGUUCAAGGAAAUGUCUGAGAGAGAUGUUGGGUCGUGGACUUGUUUGAUUUGUGGUUGCGCUCAGAGGGACAGGCCUGAAGAGGCUGUUUCUUUGUUUUUGGAGAUGGUUGAGGCUGGUAUUAAGCCCAAUUCAGUUACCAUGGUGUGUGCGGUAUCGGCCUGUGCAAAGUUGAAGGACUUGGAUUUGGGUGAGAGGGUAAGUGCUUAUAUUAGCAAGACAGGGCUCACGGUCAGUACUUUUUUGGUGAAUGCCCUUAUUGAUGUGUACAGGAAAUAUGGAGCCUCAGAUAGAGCAAAACUGCUUUUCGAGGAAUGUGUUGAUAAAAACUUGGAAGAAGUCAAGCAAUUUGAUGCUCAAAUUACAAGAAAAGGCCUCAAUCACACUUGCCCUACUGCAAUAACCAAGAUAAUAUCAUCGUGUGCCAAAAUAGCCACUCCCGAAAGCUUAGAAUACGCGAAAAAGACCUAUGAGUUGUAUGAAUAUGAUGUAAGUAGUUCAGUUUCACUUUACAUGCUUAAUUCUUUGAUCAAAGGGUACUCUGCUGCUGCAUUGGUUGAUGCAGCUAUCAUGAUUUAUGCACAAAUGGUUGGAAAAGGUAUAACCCCAGAUGACUGUACCUUUCAAUUCGUUCUAAAUUGCUGUGCAAAGGCAGCAUUUUUUCGGGAAGGGAUUCAGCUUCAUGGGUCAAUUUUGAAGUUGGGUUUAGGGGGAGAUCUGUUUAUACAGAACUGCCUGGUUCAUUUUUAUGCAGAGUGUGGGGAGAUUGAUUUUGGGAAGAAGGUGUUCGAGAAAAUGUCUGAGAGAGAUGUCGUGUCGUGGACUUGUUUGAUUCAUGGUUGUGCGCGGAGGGACAUGCCUGAAGAGGCUGUUUCUUUGUUUUUUGAGAUGGUUGAGGCAGGUAUUAAGCCUGAUUCGGUUACCAUGGUGGGUGCAAUAGUGGCCUGUGCAAAGUUGAAGGACUUGGAUUUGGGUGAGAGGGUAAUUGCUUAUAUAAGGGAGGCGGGGCUCAUGACCGAUACUUUCGUGGGGAAUGCCCUUCUUGAUAUGUACAUGACAUGCGGAGCCACUGAUUCGGCUUGGGAAUUAUUCAAUAAGAUGCCGGAGACCGAUGUUGUGACAUGGAGCACCAUGAUAAAGGGAUUGGUGCAUGGGAGAUUAUUUGAAGACGCGAUAGAACUUUUCAGAGUAAUGCAGAAUGAAGGAGUGAAAGCAAACAAGGUGACAAUGACGAUUAUUGCUUCUGCCUGUGGGUACUUAGGAGAUCUUGAUCUCGCAAAGUGGAUCUACCAUUAUAUUGAAAAUCAGGGGAUCCAGCGCGACUUGAAGCUUAACAAAGCCCUUGCUGGCAUGUUCCAUAGUUGUGGCAAUACUGAAAGCGCAAUGCUAGUGUUUGACAAUAUAAAUAGCAUAGACGUUUCAUCUUGGACCCGAGAAAUGAAGAUUUUGAAUGAGAUUCCCAGGCGGUCAAUUGACCAAGAUGAUACGAGUUCGAAGUAUUGGCUAGCGCACAAGCUGGAGAGCAUAUACCAUGGCUUCAGCAACGCUAGGCCAGGUUGCGAGUCAAAAACCAAUCUUGGGGCAGCGCAGCGCUGCAAACCCCUUGCAGUAUUCCAGGUUAUUGGGUUUGCUAGGGACGGAACCAGGAUUUCAUAUACAAAAGGGCUACUACAUGACCCACCCAUGGAUUGCCUCAGUGGAAACAUUGGACACCCAACAUCAAUGGCUGCCACCAGCUUCUCCCCGCUUCUCACGCUAACCACCCAAAGCCAACCAAAACACAAAACCAAACACCCUUCUAGAACUGGGUCAUUCAGACAAUGCAAAAACAUGAAAGAAGUCAAGCAAUUACAUGCUCAGGUUACCAAAAAAGGCCUCAGUAACAGCCGCACCUCUGGUAUCACCAAGCUAAUAGCUUUGUGUAUAGAAAUAGCCACCCCUGAUAGCUUGGAAUACGCGAAAAAGGCCUACGAGUUAUUCGAAGGCGAUGCGAGCAAUAGAGUUUCACUUCACAUGCUCAAUUCAUUGAUCAGACGGUACUCUGCUGCUGGUUUUUGUGAUGAAGCUAUCUUGCUUUAUGCACACAUGGUUGAAAGAGGUGUAAACCCUGACCACUACACCUUUCCAUUUGUACUGAGUGGGUGCACGAAAGGUGCAGCCUUUCUUGAGGGGAUUCAGCUUCAUGGGUCAGUGGUGAAGUUGGGUUUGGAGGGAGAUUUGUUUAUACAGAACUGCCUGAUCCAUCUUUAUGCAGAGUGUGGGGAGAUAGAUCUUGGGAAGAAGGUGUUCGACAAAAUGUCUGAGAGAAACGUCGUGUCGUGGACUAGCUUGAUUUGUGGUUGCACUCGGAGGGACAGGCAUGAAGAGGCUGUUUCUUUGUUUUUUGAGAUGAUCAAGGCGGGUAUUAAGCACAAUUCGGUUACCCUGGUAUGUGCGAUAUCUGCGUGUGCGAAGUUGAGGGACUUGGAUUUGGGUAAGAGGAUAUGUGCUUGUAUAGGCCAGCAGGGGCUUAAUAAUACAGUGUUAGUGAAUGCACUUAUUGAUAUGUACAUGAAAUGUGGAGCCAUGGAUAGAGCUAAAAGCCUUUUUGAUGAAUGCAUUGAUAAAAACUUGGUUUUGUACAACAUGAUACUGUCGAAUUAUGUGCAUCAGGGGAUGGAAAGCGAAGCUUUUGCUAUAUUGGUUGAAAUGCUUCAACAAGGACUGCAGCCAGAUAGGGUUACAAUGUUAUCUGCACUCUCAGCAUCUGGACAGUCAGGUGAUUUUGCCUUUGGACGGCAGUGCCAUUGUUAUGCUAUGAGGAAUGGAUUAGAAGGUUGGGAAAGUGUUAGUAAUGCCAUUAUCGACAUGUAUGCAAAUUGCGGGAGACAAGACUUGGCUUGCAGAGUUUUUGAUCGGAUGUCUAACAAAUCGGUGGUCUCAUGGAACUCCUUGAUCGUUGGUUUUGUUAGAAACGGUGAUGUAGACUCAGCUUGGGGAUUAUUCAAUCAAAUGCCGGAGACUGAUCUUGUGACUUGGAAUACCAUGAUGGGUGCUUUAGUGCAAGAGAGCUUAUUUGAGGACACGAUUGAACUUUUCAGAGUAAUGCAGAGUGAAGGUAUAAAAGCAGAUAAGGUGACGAUGGUAAGUGUUGCUUCUGCAUGCGGAUACUUGGGAGCUCUUGAUCUUGCAAAGUGGACCUACAGUUACAUAGAAAAGUUUGGAAUUCAUCGCGAUUUGAAGCUUGACACAGCCCUUGUUGACAUGUUUGCUAGGUGUGGCAAUACUAAAAGUGCAAUGCUAGUUUUCAACAAGAUACAGAACAGAGACGUUUCAGCUUGGACAUCAGCAAUUGGAGCCAUGGCCAUGGAAGGAAACGGGAUCCGAGCAUUGAAGAUUUUCAAUGAGAUGACAAAUCAAGGGGUGAAACCCGAUGCAGUAGUGUUUGUAGCAGUUCUAACCGCAUGCAGCCAUGGAGGGUUGGUGGAGCAAGGCAUGCAAAUUUUCCGCUCCAUGAAGGAAAGUUACGGAAUUACCCCACAAAUCGUUCAUUAUGGCUGUAUUGUAGAUUUGCUUGGUCGAGCUGGGUUGUUAAGUGAUGCGCUUGAUCUGAUAAAUGGAAUGCCAAUGGAACCUAACAAAGUGGUGUGGGGAGCACUUUUGGCCGCAUGCAGAACACAAAAAGAUACCCAUAUGGCAACAUAUGUAGCUGAGAUGAUGAAUGAAUCGGCUCAGGAAAGGAGUGGAACCCAUGUGCUUUUAUCAAACAUAUACGCAUCUGCUGGAAAAUGGACCGAUGUUGCUAGAGUAAGGCUACAAAUGAAGGAAAAGGGACUAUUAAAAGUUCCUGGAUCAAGCUCAAUUGAGAUAGACGGAGUUAUUCAUGAAUUCACCUCCAGUGAUGAAUCGCACCCAGAAAUGACCCACAUUUCCCUAAUGGUUCGUGAAAUGAGUAGUAGAAUCGGAGAUUCUGGGUAUUUUCCGGAUCUCACCAAUGUUUUACUGGAUGUUGAUGACAAGGAGAAAGAGUUCUUGCUCAGUCGACACAGUGAGAAGCUGGCUACAGCUUUCGGGCUUAUUAGUACCAGUCCCGGAACACCUAUUCGUGUAGUUAAGAAUCUCCGAAUGUGCUCUGAUUGUCAUUCAGUCAUAAAGUUGGUGUCGAAAACAUAUGGGAGGGAAAUUGUUGUUCGGGACAACAAUCGCUUUCACUUUUUCCGGCAAGGAUUUUGUUCUUGUAAUGAUUUUUGGUGAAUCGAAAGAGACAUCCACAUUCUUUAGAAA